AUGCAAAUAUGUUCUUUGGAGAGACAAAUCUUUGAUUUCCUUGGCUACCAAUGGGCGCCUAUCCUGGCCAAUUUUUUGCACAUUGUCACAGUGAUUUUUGGCCUUUUUGGGACUAUUCAGUUCAGACAACGGUACAUCAUCAGGUAUGCCGUCUGGAUGGUCCUCUGGGUCACGUGGAAUGUGUUUGUUAUCUGCUUCUACUUGGAGGUUGGAGGCCUUGCAAAGGAUACUGACCUGAUUAUGACCUUUAACAUUUCUAUGCAUCGCUCUUGGUGGAUGGAGAAUGGACCAGGAUGUGCGGUGGCAACUAUAACUGAUACUCCAGAAUGGGUACCAAAGGAUCACCGCUACAUUUAUAUUGGAGGGUGCCUGCUAGAAUAUCAGUAUAUAGAAGUGGCACAUAGUUCACUACAAGUAAUCCUUGCACUUCUUGGGCUUGUCUAUGCCUGUUACGUUAUCAAAGUUGUUGCUGAAGAAGAAGACAGCUUUGAUUUCAUAGGAGGAUUUGACUCAUACGGCUACCAGGGCCCACAGAAAACAUCUCAUUUACAGUUGCAGCCCAUGUACAUGUAA